AUGAAGCUCACGCCCGAACUGCUUUCACGGAGCAGCUCCUCCAUCAACACUCUUCGGGAUCGCGAACUUGAUCUACGCGGCCUCAAGAUCCCAGCCAUCGAAAACCUCGGAGUGACACGCGAUCAGAACGAUGCGAUAGACUUGACCGACAACGACAUCCGAUACCUUGGCAAUUUUCCCCUCUUGCAACAACUGAAAACGCUACAGCUGGCCAACAACUUGAUAUCGCGCAUCGAUCCACGCAUUGGACACUCGCUGCCAGCAUUACACUCUUUGAACCUGACCAACAACUGUAUAUCCGAUCUUUCCGAGCUCGUACAUCUCAGCAAGUGUCGUCGGUUGGAGUAUUUGUGUCUGAUGGGGACGCCAGCGAGCCGCGAAGCACAGUAUCGCGAAUUUGUCAUCUGGAAGCUACCACAGGUGCGCGUGCUCGAUUACCAGAGGAUAAAGGACAAGGAGAGGGCACGGGCCAAAGAUUUGAUGGAGACAGAGGAUGGAAGGCCAACGGCGUUGGCAGCAAACAUCUUGAAAAAAUUAGGAGCGAGCGCCAUGGAUGUCGACGUCGAUGUGAUGGUCGGAAAGCAAAAGACAUUCGAGCCAGGAAGGUUGAAUGGCUCUUCAAGACGAUUGUUGACAGCAGAGGAGCGCAAAGCCAUUGAAGAUGCGAUAGAGAGUAGCGAAAGCCUGGAAGAGAUUCGAAAGUUGGAAGAGCAGCUCAAGAUGGGCCACACUUUCGUGUAG